AGAAGGGAGCCCUGUUCAGAGUGGUACGAAAUGAUACGUCAGCCCGCCGAGCUCUGAGGGAUGUCUGAGAGACGGCAGAGUUCAGAGAUGCAAAUGACUGUGGAACCUGCGUGAGGAGCUGAGGUGCCUUCCUGACAAGGCACCACAUGCCGUUAUGAGGACGACAGCAUCCCCGUGUCAUUCCAGGAAGAGGGCUUGGAGUGUGAUGCCCGGCACGCCUGUGCGCUGAGAGAGCCGAAUAAGGCUGCUGCCAUGAGAGGAAAGGCAUUUGUGAAACACCAUGUAGCAAGUACUUUCAUUGGGAACAUGUGCUCCUGCCAGAGGUCAUGACUGCUUGGUGCCCAUGAAAGUCAUAUUUUUAGAAUGUCAUGAAAAAUGGAGAAGUAUAUGAAAGGCAUUCUAGCUUUAGGAAUGCUGGGAGGGAUUUUAGAUUAAAGAGGUAAUAAGAUCUGCCUAGGCAGAGUGAGGAGAGAUGGCUUAGUAGUGAAAAAUAAAGUUAUCAGACAAGUAAGUGGCAAGCUGGAAAAUAAAAGUGUAUCAUUUGAAUGGCAGGAAGCCAUUGCCUGUUUUUCAAAAGCAAGAUAUUGAAGUUAUCAUACCUUCCGCGUCAUUUAACUUGAACGUUAAAGGAGUGAUCCUGGAGUUGGAGCAACAGUGGGAGGGAGAAAUUGUAGGAGUCCCGCUCAGAGAUUAGGGUCCAAUUUAUGAGUUUAUUUCAGGAGUUGAGGUUCAAGUGUAGGUUACCAGACAGUUCUCUGAGAGUGGAUGGAAGUAACAGAGGACAAAGAAGAGCUGCAGACCAAUGUCUUUUCCAUGGAAGGCAGACACGAUGUUCUGAUUGAGAACUUGAAAUUGGGCUGCUGUGGGGGUAGAGUGGAAAUAAGCCCCGUGUUCACAGCCUUAAGUGUGAGAUGCGGGUGAAGUGUCUGGAUUGUGGAGCUGAGCUGAAGGCGGUCAGAUUUAGAAAAGCGCUGUCCUCCACAGGUAAAAACCUAAAGCUAUGGGACAGGAUUCACUCUAGUGAGCCCUGCAGGAGGCCUUCUGCCCAAGGUCGGCCAGAGCUCAGAGGCCGUCUGGGACAGCUGAGGGGCGUCGCCCCCUGCCGUGUCUGGCCCUGAUGCCAGGUAUCAUCACUAUGUAGACUCACCAAAUCCAAAUGUUGAAGGGGAGGAAAUGGUCCUUACAGGUGUGACAGGCCAAGAUCUCAGGUUCUCAAAGAUCAACAGAGAUGCCUGCUGCAGUAAAGAGGCGUUGUGGGGCUCGGCGAAGAGAGGAGAGGCAGGCGUGAUCAUCCUGCCACAGCCACCCGAGCUGGGACCUGGAGGUGGGGAGACGCUUCUGCUUCAGCCAUGAGCCGGCAGCAGAGAGCCCGUCCGGCGCCACAGCCUCUUCCUUAGCAGGACUCAAGGAGUCUAGGCAAUGGAAGGACGCGGGAGUCCGUCACUGCACAAGACGCCCAGCUAUCUCCUGGUGCCUGUUGGCUGGCCUCUGGGGGUGAGAGUGAGAGCUGGUGGCCGAGCAGGAGCAGGUCAUGAGGACUUCCCUGGGCAUGGUCAGCCCUGCUGGUGGCACCCCCUAGAGGCCACACACCUGGCUCAAGAGCCCCUCAGGUCUCCUCUAAUCUCAGCACUCUGUCCUCCAGAAGCACAUCUCGCUUUAUGCUUUGGGGAGCGCUUGGCCCAGACUCCCUUCAGCUGUGGGCGUCAUGGAAGGCGCAGUGGCCUAUGGCAGCAUGGCAAAUGCUUUAUCAGAGUUCCGGGAUAGCAAGGAGGGAGGUGAAGAAGAUACCCUGUUAUGGAGGAGGACGUACAGCAAGGUCCCUACCUUCGUGGCACUUUUGCUUCUCAUGGGGCAUCUUUUAUGACCAAGACUGUCCAGUACCAAAAUGAGCUACAUAAAUUCCUAAUCUGGGAUACAGCUGGACAAGAACGAUUUCGUGCCUUAGCACCAAUGUACUACCGAGGCUCAGCUGCAGCUAUCAUUGUUUACGAUAUCACGAAAGAAGAGACAUUUUCAACAUUAAAGAAUUGGGUAAAAGAGCUCCGACAGCAUGGCCCGCCCAAUAUUGUAGUUGCCAUUGCAGGAAAUAAGUGUGAUCUUAUUGAUGUAAGAGAGGUCAUGGAAAGAGACGCUAAGGACUACGCCGACUCCAUCCAUGCCAUUUUUGUAGAGACCAGCGCAAAAAAUGCGAUAAACAUAAACGAACUCUUCAUAGAAAUUAGUCGAAGGAUUCCAUCCACUGACGCCAACCCACCGUCCAGUGGAAAGGGCUUCAAACUCCGAAGGCAGCCUUCGGAGCCGAAGCGGAGCUGCUGCUGACUGAGACUCGGCCUCCCGGCUCGACGAUGACGUAGGUGGUCCUGAAAGUUAGCGGGAGGGCUGGGGCCCUGUCGCCAGGGUUCGCCUCGCCAGUCUUGGAUCUUCUUUGGGCCACAAGGAUUCACAGGAACUGACAGGUUCUGUUUCCUCUUUGGAGACUGCAGCAAUAAUAUUUCAGUCUGUGGACUUCUAUUCUGUAAAGAAUCUCUGGUGUACAAAGGGACUGCAUCCUUGGCUUUUGACCUUGCUGAGAAGGAAUGUAUAAUUGUAUGGAUGGUAGGAUUCAGUUGUUGAGUAGUUUUGUAAUCAAGAUUUUAUGUAACAUUUGUAAAGGGAAAAUUAGCACUUUCGUGGUUCUUGAGGGGAAAAAAAAGACCUUGUGGAGAUGAUCAUUUCUUUGGUUUCCCGUUACCACUGUGAGAGGGAGUUGUGUCGUUUAGAAUGUGGUCGGUUAUCGUGAGUGGAGGGAUGGUGGUUAUUAUUAUUUGAAGCGAACAGGUUAUUUAUAGGGCUGAUGGAGGUGGCUGCUCCCCCGCCGUCUCCAAAGCGCUUUCCAUCAGGUACAUCAGCCCAGGACAUGCACAGUAAACUCACAGCAGCAGGUGCGUGCCCCACCCCACGUCUGCAUCCUGACCCUGUCACGUGCGUGUCACCAGGCAUGUCAUUGGCACCUUUUUAAGGAAGCUCUCACCAUCAAGAUGGUGGUGGUAGAGGAGCUGCCUGGAAUAAAUUAAAUUGCAGGUGUGUAAACUGACUAGCAGUGGUUACAGAGAGAAGAGGAGAGAAAGUAGAGAAGGUGAUAUAAAUGCUGUCAAUUCUUUAUUUAACUGAGGUAUUUUGGUGGGGGAAACAGUUAUCCGUUGCUUAGCAUAUGUAAAGUUGUAGUCUAUAUUUAUGAGACCAUUGCCUACAGAUUAUAAAUUAUGUAAAUACAUUAAUAAAUCCUAUGUUUCAUUCAACACUCCAUUUACUCUUGCACCGGGCCUUGCGUGUGCCCACCCAUUUCGUAGCCUGUGCACAGGAGGCUCCUUGAAGCACGUUUACAUGGUGUGAAAGCUUAGCGCGCCUGGCUGGCAGUGGGUAAGCGUUUCUCUGCUUUCCCUUCCGCCACCCCUCCAGUCGCAUCUGGAAAUCAUCAUGAAGACAUGCGCCACUUUGACAAGCGUGACUAGCCCUUCCUAGCCUUGGGGGAAAAGAUUAAGCUCCUGAGCUCACCUCAUGUACCGUGGUCUUGGUAAUAAGUUUCUUUUAGCUUUCUUUUUUUUUCUUUUUUAGCUUUUACAGCAGCCUCAGACCAACUGUUUGAAGAGAGCUUUCCCUGUGAACAAGUUAGCGUAUCUUUCCGUUUCCCUUCUUUUCCCCUGCCUCUGUUAGUGGUUAACACUCUUUGUCCUCAGGGAGCCUUAAUGAGGUUUUUAAUAUAAUCUAAAAAUAAAGCACUGGAGUGAAGUCUGUGAAAAUGUGUUCCUGGUCUGAUUUGGCGCCCUUCCAACCUGAGUAUUGUAAGGGAAGGAAAUUUACAAGAUUAAAUAGGAAAUGAAACAGCUUGAAUUUCAAACUAAAUAGUGAUUUCUGAGCUAUCCUUAAACUGAACAGUCGAAACUUUUAAAAAUGAUGGUUAUUUCUUUGUGCCCCCCCCCACUUGAUAUGGUUAGAUUUUAAUGGGAAAAUUAUAACUCAGAUUAAGUAAAAAACGUUUCCUUUUCCCCUGGUUUAAGUCUUAAGCAUUUGGGAUUGUUUGUUCUCUUAUUGAAAUCAUAUAGAAGGAAUGUAGGUAGUGAAGAGUCUAAUGUUUUGUUGAAAAUACACAUGGACUCUGUACGCCACCCCCACCCCCACCCCCCAGCAUCUAGCUUCCUGCCCAACAUGAAAUUAGCAAGCUUUCAGACAGACUGUGUGCUUCCAGGGGCUGGGCUCUUUUACACCUGAAGGUGGUUUAACUUUAUUCCAUACACAUCCAAAUGGGUGGGGCCAUUAGGCCACUGCCCUGGUGUGUCCCUAACAUUCCCACUGCUGGGCCUCUGUCUCCAUGACAACAAAAUAAAAACGAAGGUUGCUGCACUCACAGAGAGGCAAUGUGCGUGUGGCCCUUUCUUAUUUCACCAGAAGAUAAUGCAAAUCUGUGAGCUUCCUGUUUUUUUCCUCCAAAGCUCUCAGUCAGUGUGGAUGAUCUCGUGGUGUCUGGGUGCACGGGAAAGGCAGAUUGCUUCGGUGCCUCUCCAAAUGCCUCUCAUCCUGUCGUGACAUUUACUGCACGGAGCCCAGAGCAGGUCCAUCCUUAAGCCCUCCGCAGCGGCUCUCUCUUAUUUCUCAUUCUCCUUCCCAUGUGCUCCUCGCGCAUUUCGGGGCCUCUCUUGCCCUCAUUUUCCUCAGUCUGUCUCAGAAAUUGAUAUGGCUCUCUUUCUCACCUGGUGUCUUUAAUGCUUAACAAUAACAACUACACAUUGCUCUCUCAGAAUCGAGAAUCCGUACUUGAUGGCAACACGGAAAUGUUUUCAGUGAUCUUGUUUGCGUCUAAAAUGCAAAGAUGAAUAUUAAAGUCAGAAACAGUGCUUUAUUUUGAGCCCACUUUGGAUUAUUCACCUGACAAAACUGAUCUAAUACACGUUUUAUAUAUUCUUUAUUCUUAUUUCUUAUUAUGAGAAAAGGCUAGACUAAAAGAAUUGAGACAUAGCCCGUCUAUAAAAAUCUUUUGGUUCACUUAUGACGCAGGGCCAUCUUUAAAAACUUCAGGGACUGAAAAGAGAAAAAUCAUUAAUUAGCUGCAAGUGUAUAUCGAUUCCUCUCAGAAAAAUGGAAAUCAGCUCUUCACAGGUGUCCAGUCCUGGUAGCCAUUGGUCUCCAGAACUCUCCUUUCACACAAGUGUUUUUCUGAGUCUGUGAUACCUCAUUAACUAUCAUUUGGUGAUUAAAAGAACGUAAAGUAUGAGUAUGAUUAAGUGUCCUUCAUUUUAAACUCUUUAAGAAAUGAUUAGGGAAAAGUACCUAUUGCAGGCCCUUCUGGUUCCAGAUGAAACCUCCAUCACCUUUUCAGCCACAGUCAGGCCAAGUUCUACAUGCAGCAGUGGAAAGAUUUGGUUCCUUUAAAAUAGCACACUUCCUUGUUGCCUGCGUGCGAUUUUAUUUGAAGUGGCUGCCUCCCAUUGUACACACACUUCCUGGAUUCCUCCCCACGUCCGAGAGGAUUGAGCCUUUUACACUGGAGGCUCCAUCUCCUCUAAGUGGGCUGGUGUCCUCCGUGAGGUUGUCCGGUUUUAUUAUAUCUAAGUAUAUAAAAAGGGAAAGAAAACCACAUUCAAUUUCAGAACUUCUGUUUACAUUUUGUGUUUAUUUUUUUUCUAUUCUCAAGAAGAAAUAUAGGCCCAGGAGACCUUCUAAAUUAAACUCUGGGAGAUGGAAUAAUGCAAAUGUCCUCAGAUGACUAUUGCAUGGCUUUCCGGGAAACAUCAGAGCAGCGUAUCUGUACCGUUGUGGUGUUGUGUUGAAGUGGACAGGUUUAGCUCCGACUACAUGGCACUAAUUGGUAUGUCAGCCUCAGAGCUUGGAGAGUCCUUUGUUCAUUUUCAUAUGCAUCUUUUAUAGUCUGAGAGUAAGUUGCAAAAGCGGUUAUAUAAAUUCUUAUAAGCAUUGUUUCACUCGGUGUUUUUCAGAACACGCUGAGACGUGAUUCAUGGCCCCUUCGUGUAUAAGAAAUAUGCACACAGUAUAUUAUAUAUAUGACAGAUGAGCCCCCUACACAUUCAGAUGUCUUUACAAGAACCUGUAUUAGUGAUGAGAAAAUCCUUUCCUUCUGGGGAGAAGUUACUGGAAUCCCCUUAACUCUGAUCUAUGCAAGGUACCUGCUGUAGAACACCUUGGCGGAGAUGGUAGCCUACAGAGUCAGGCUGGCUCUCUCUCUCAACUCGUUAGGCUGCAAAUGUUCCUCCUGUCUCUGUAAUGAAAGUUAAAUGACAGUGAUAAGCUAGAGAGUGGAAACCUGUGCAGAUUCUUCAUUGAGUGUGUUGUUUUUUUGUUUUUUUUUUGGCACACGGGCUUAGUUGCUCCGCGGCAUGUGGGAUCUUCCUGGAGCUGGGAUCGAACCCGUGACCUCUGCAUUAGCAGGCGGAUUCUUAACCACUGCGCCACCUAGGAAGCCCCGAGUGUGUUUUAAAGGGACUAGCAGCAUGACUUGUUUGACUGCAAGAGCUCAUCUACCUCUUAACAGUUAAUAUUUAAAAAAAAAACGAAAGUACCUUCAAGGGUCAGGCUGUGACUGUAUACCUGCCCUCAGCUGCUUGGUCCAUCAAAAAUUUUUAAAUGAUCUAAGGUAAUGUUUAGGAGAUGUGUUUUAACUCCUGUGGUACUAUAAUUAAAAAAAAAAAAAAAAAAAGAGGCAGUCCAAGCAACAGAUUUAUCCAGGAGAUAAACAUGAUACUGUAUAGUUUUGGCAAAGGGAGGGGGAGGUGAAAUUUAGCCUUGGACUGAAAAAAUAACCUCUGCCCAUUUCUCCUGACAGCGGAGUUACUUGACUUGACUUCCAGUAAUAGCAGUCCAGGCAAUGUGAUUAUCUGAUUUGCAAGAAACAUGCAAGGAAUUCCGGGGUAUUUGUCCCAUUUUAUGUGCAAGUGAAAGCCUAAGAAAAAUUAGGAGGGUCUUACAUUUUUAAAGAGCCUCCACUUUUUCAGUCCAAGAGAAUGAUAAGUGAGCAACCUGUUAUGAUGAAGUUUCACUAGACAUAAUGAAGAAAGGGAAUAAAUAGAGCCAAGAAUCUCCAUCUUUCUCAGUCCUUCAGGAUUCUCUUAGCGCGUAAGGAAAAUGAUUUACUUUCCAAAUCUAGAAGGACUUCCAGUGGCAUAGAUCAACUUUAAUUUUUGGUCUGUACCAUCAGAAAUAACUAAUGUCUGUUUUCUUUCCUCUUAGAGUAUAAUCAAUUCCAGGUAAACUAGAAUGUUUGUGGCUUCCAGACAGAAGGUUCGGAAGUUUAAUAAAAAAAAAAAAUUUGAAAUCUUCUGUCCUUUCCUUUCAUUACCUGGAACAUUUUAGAUAGAUAGUUAAGAUUAAGAUGUGUCAUCACGUAGAUACUGGAAUUAAAACCAUGAAGUCUUAACAAAUUUAACAGACUUUUUAAAAAGUCAUUGCCAGUUCAUUUUCAGAUCGGUUUGGAUGGUUCUGGCGUCCAGUGUCUCAUCAAAAUGCUUCACAAUUGAAACAAACAAAAUUCUGGGUAGCUUUCCACAAACAGGCAUUCAAGUGCCAAGAAUUCAGCCAUUCCUAUCUGGGAAAUCCUGAGAUAGUAAUGAUUUCUUGAAAGAGCCUUCUCUAAUUGGCAGUUUUAAACUGUAGACCUUAAUCAUCUCCUUAAUCCUGCAAAAGAAACAAAGCAUGCCGGUUUUGAUGCCACUUCUUGAUUCAGGAAGUUUUCCAUGUUUUCGGGAGCAAAUUGUUUAAUGCGGUAGUUCGGAGGAAAUCAUCUUUAAAACAGCACACAGGGCUGAUCCUCUUUACUCAGAAUGGAAAUUAUCCAGGAAACUCCCUUGUCUUCUGUCACCGAGGAGAGCUGAGCACCCCUUCUUCCCCAAGGCAAGCCCAGAGCCCACGGAGCACCAGCUGGAGUGGGGCCGGGCCGGGGAGGGGGUGCCUCCCACUUCCGAAAUCCUCAGCAUCGGCAGCGCGUGGCUUCAUCUUCUCUUUGGGGCUUUACCCUUAAUUCAUCGUUACUACUUUUUUCAUGAAAUUUAUACUUUAAUAAUCAGUUUCACCCCUUGGAAAAUGUGGAAAGCAGGGCUUAAAUUUGUGUACCUCCGCUGACUUCGCCUAUGAGGUUAUUACCUAGUUUAGGAAACUUAAUGUUAAGGGUCAUACACGUGAUGUCAGAGUGCCCGAUCGAUUCAGUGUGGGGAGAAUUAGCAGCAGCUGGCUAGUCAGAGCAGCUGAUGGGUGGCCUUGUGUUUUAAACCAUUUGUUGUGUUGUGUAGACGGAGCUUUAGUGCCCUGGAAAAGACUAUUUUUUUUUUUUACUCUCAUCCAGCAGCUCAAUCUUUCCAUCCUCUCAUGUUAUGACUCACUCACAUAAUUGUCCAUCAUACCUCUGACCUGCUUAAGAACUGACGUCACGCGUCUUGUCUUCUCUGAUCGAAGCUGACUCCUUGCCUUAUUUCUUUUCUUCUUCUCAUUUUGCUGCAGUCUCUCCCUUAAAGACGCGGGGCACCAGCCGCCUCCUCAGUGCAUGUGACACGCCUUCCCGUGGCGCCUCACCUGGUCACAGCAGUAAGGUUUGCCCACCACAUCCAACAGGGAAAGCAAUAGGCAACCAAUACUAUCAGAUAACACAAAGGCUAAUUUUGGAGGAACAAGGCCAGUAUUUCCAGAGAGGAAAUGGGCAGUACUAGCUUACAGGGGCAACAUGACUGCGUAAAAAAAUGUUUGUUACUGUUGGCAAUGGGGCAGUUUAAGUGUCAGAUCUUCCCUUAGGUUGUAAUAGAACAUACGUUAUGUAAAACCCCAAGUCUAAAAUCUUGACGAGAAACAGCUGUGGGGAUAGAUGAGCUUCAGACAUUUAAAAAAUACAAAGUAUUAAAAAAAAAAAGCUAAGCCGUUUUACCAGCAAUUCUUAUUUCUCCUAAGAAUGUCAUGCCUUUUCAAGACCUGAUGCAAGGAGUAAGAUAUUGUGCCUUCCUAUAAUAGCGUCUAUUAUGAAAAAAAUCAAAUUAAGUUGCUUACAGUUUCAGCCGCCUUGUUACACUAUAAACAGCCCAAGUUUAUAGCCAUGGCUUCCCUGCAUGAUGCAUCGCUUGAUUACCUGUGAUGAAAUAUUGUAAUGGUGGUUUGCCAAGCUAAUAUGGGUGUUUGAAGACUUUAUUUUUGCAGUCUUAACCUUGGGCUGGACCUAAGUCUAUAUAUAAACUGUAUGAUGUCUGUAUUGUUUGUAGAUUCUGAUGAAAGAAAACUCAAGCUUUUGAUUUUUGUUGUAAGAUUUUUCUUUUUAUAUUUAGGCUGGCAAUAGAUAGUUUGCAAGUAGUGGUUGAGUUGGCAUACUUUUAAACUAUGUUGUUUAGCUUGACUAUUCUCUACUAAACUUUUAUAGAGUAAAAUAACAUGCUAAGUCACUACAAAAUUUGUUGUAAGGAGAGUGUAAACAUUUUGUUAAUAAAAUGGUAUGUUUACAGA